GACUCUGCUGACCGGGCUGGGUCAUACAGGAGGGAUUUCAAAAUAAAAGACAGAAAGAAACUUCCUGAAGUUUCUCGAAGAUGAUUCAUCUGCAGAACCUGAACCCUCCUGACCCGAGCUGCUUGUCGUUGAAGAGCAACGAGUCGAAGGAGGUCAUUAUUUUCUUUAAAGAUCCGUCCUCACCUGGUGGAAAAAUAGAAGAACCGCAGCAGAUUUGGGAUCCAGGUUUGUCCAGAUGUUUGAGGAGCUGGAGGGAGGAAGACGAGGAGCUGGAUGAUGAAAAGUUGAUUGACAAGAUAACAGCAUCGAUGGUGGUGAAAUGUUUGCUGGUUUCCUCAGAAAGUUCUGUUGCAUCGGAUCAACGUGAGCUCAAAGCUUCUCUGAGAAAGAGGUUCUGCUGGGUGUCUGAGGGGACCACCGAGGCGGAAAACCGGACCCCCCUGGACCAGAUCUACACGGAGCUCUACAUCACAACAGGAGGGACCGCCCAGGUCCACGAGCUGCAGCUGAUGGAAGCGUCCUCCAGGAACCCAAACGGACCGGAGAGGACCGUCAGACAGGAAGACCUCUUCAAAGUCCUCCCUGGGAGAGACGGGCYGGUCAGAACCGUGAUGACGAAGGGCGUGGCCGGCGUGGGGAAAACGGUCCUGACCCAGAAGUUCACUUUGGACUGGGCCUCAGACAGAACCAACCGGGACGUCCACUUCCUGUUCCCGUUGUCCUUCAGAGAGCUGAACGUCCUGAAGGAGAGGGAGUUCAGUUUGGUGGAGCUGCUUCAUCACUUCUUCAGCGAGACCAGAGGAAGGUUCUGGUUCCAGGAGGUCCAGGUUCUGUUCAUCUUCGAUGGUCUGGAUGAGUGCAGGCUCCCUCUGGACUUCCACGGGAACCGGGUCCUGACCGAGGUCACGGAGUCUGCCUCGGUGGACGUUCUGCUGACCAACCUGAUCAGGGGGAACCUGCUGCCCUGCGCUCRCCUCUGGGUGACCUCACGGCCCGCRGCGGCCAAUCAGAUCCCUGCUGAGUGCGUCACCAUGGUGACCGAGGUCCGAGGCUUCACCGACCCGCAGAAGGACCAGUACUUCAGGAGGAGGUUCAGGGACGAGGAGCAGGCCCGCAGGAUCAUCUCCCACAUCAGGACCUCGCCGAGCCUCCACAUCAUGUGCCACAUCCCGGUCUUCUGCUGGAUCACCGCCUCGGUUCUGGACCAGGUCCUGAAGACCGGAGGGGGAGCCGACCUGCCCAAGACCCUGACUGAGAUGUACGUCCACUUCCUGCUGCUUCAGACCAAAGUCAAGAAGGUCAAGUACGACGGAGACGAGACGGGUCCAGACUGGAGUCCAGAGACCAGGACCAUGAUCAGGUCUCUGGGGAGGCUGGCGUUUGAUGAGCUGCAGGAAGGAAACCUGAUCUUCUACGAGUCGGACCUGACGGAGUGCGGCAUCCGUGUCAGAGACGCCUCCGUGUGCUCCGGUGUUUUCACCCAG